AUGGCUCUUACAAAGGAUGUGAAGAUGCCGAAUGAUGAGGAACUCACCGUUCCUCAGGAGAUCACUCUGUCCACACCGUGGCUCAAAGCUGUUGCUCCAUAUAUGGCGAUGCAUUGUGAAAAUGAAAUUAACGAGUUCAUGCUUCGACGCAAAGAACUUCAAGAUCCUCGUGCAACUCUUAAAGAAGGUCCGUUUAUAAAUUCUUCCCAUUUUUAA